AUGCACGAGUCUUGGGUGAAAAAGCAGUCUGCUGCAAAAGGAAUGAAUAAUUAUCGUACCCACACUGCAAUGUAUGGCAAAUUCAUACAGUACCAUAUAGCAGCUCUUAACAUAUGUUGCAAUGCCAGACUAUUUCAGAAUUCGGAAGGUGCACCUCUGGGGCACACGUCCAGCACGGCUGUUUCUACACAGAGCAAGUAUGCAAAACAAUACGACAUCGUGUUCACAACACUAAUCCAGCAAUCUAACUACUGA